AUGGAUAACGCCCAGUUCCUGCCUAGCCAUCUGAAUGCAUUACUCUCCACCCCUCGUCUGCCGACGGGUCUGCAGGCCCCAGAGGUGAGGGAUAAACUGCUAUCGAAGGUACUUGCAUUUUGUCUUUCGGGACGGCCAAGAGACGUGGAUGGUUCCAUAAGGGACGCAGAAAAUCUCUUGCGGAAGUAUGAGGGGAUGGAGGGGGAGUUGAUUUCUAUCCUCCAUGAGAAGUACGGCCAGCCAUCGGAAGAGUUGGUCGAAAAGGCCAAAAAAUUAUCGAAUAAAUAUCGAAACACAUUAUUGGGAGAGACGCAUGAGGUCCGGUCCCCAUCCACUGAGGUUGCAAAUAUGGGCUUGCAUGCGCUCGCCAAUGCAGGGCACUCAAUUCUCGCACGCAUGCAGCGCGAGCGGGAGUUGGAGGAUGUGACAUGGCGACGAGUUCACGCCGCAGCGAAGGGCAUGCUUGUAUCGCUUGAGGAGGUUCAACGACGUGUGGCAAUGCAGGAGGUUGAGGUGGCUCGACUUACCUCUGAACACUCACGACGAUUGCGUGAGUUGGAGGAGGAGGACCGAAACCAGGAGGAGUUGAAGACUAGACUGGCCUCGACUGUGACACAACUGCAGUUAACACUGAUGCGUCUUCGUGGAGGCAGACACGGGGGAGAUGGCACCGUGGAGGCAAUUAGAGAUAUUGAAUACAAGCGACACAUUUUGAACACACAGAGACGUGAGGAGGAAGAUCUCAUUCAAUUGUAUCGGCGUGUGUUGCGGCAGCACUUAACAUCGUACCCUCUCAGUUCUCUUCGCGAGGAAAUUGGGCGUGUAGAUGCAGAGUUAAGAAAGUUUAUGCAGGAGUCACCGCUCUGA